AUGGACGACAUUCUUUGGAUGUACCGGCAGUUAGCCCUGAGAGUUUCGGUAAUCGCAGCGAUCCAUACCAACGAGACCAAAUGCGUACCGUAUUUCAGCGAAAGGAUCGAAGGCCAGUGGUUGGGGGAUAACGAGCGGGCGCAGUUGUGUUACACUAUGGCCCUAGUCACUGGUAUUGCCGGGAUCGUGGCUGUUAUUGUCCUGCAUUGGGGCUGCUGGAAGCUUGAUAGGGUCUAUUCGAUGAGCCCACUUGAGCUGCUGAAUGCCUUGGCCCAUCGCGCCCAAAGCCCCCAAAGUCCUUUCCACGUUUUGGCAAAGGCCGAGGACAAUGUUUCGGCCUUCACGGUUGAAGAAGUUCGCGGACGAGUGGGACGCUGA